CGCUUGCUCCACCUGGCGGUCACUUGUUGAAACUGCAUCAACAGAAACGAACUUCAUCCGGAUGUAUUAAUCCGGAGCUUCCUGUGAUUUAAUCCACUUGUUGAGAAGAGUAGCAUGGACGAGCUAAGCUUUUUGUUAUAACUCCAGUAAUGUCUGAUUCACAUGGUAACCGGCGUACACGAUGCAGUUAAGCCCACAGUUGACCACCAUGUUCGGUAUGAUGGAAACCGGAGUCCUCGGCGCCUCCGUGGUUCUUGCAGGUGGAGUCGCAUAUCUUAUCUGGAACUAUGCUUCGUCCGCUAAGCAGAAGAAGCUCGAUACACAACCGGGAGAAGAUUGUAGAAACAGCAGGGAGGAGGAGAAAGUGGAAGAGAAGCGGGAAAAGAAGGCUCCGGUUGAGGAAACUUUUGUUCCCGUUAAGGCUCCGACAACAGCAACGGUAAAAUCCCAUCCUGUGGAAUCAGAGGGAACCCAGAUUCUGGUUCUGGGUCUGGAUGGAGCUGGGAAAACUAGCCUGCUUCACUGUUUUUCCAGCGGCAGUCUGGAGCAGGACGUGGAGCCGACGCUGGGCUUUAAUGCUGUCUCUGUCUGCAGAGAGAACAUGCAUAUUGAGUUUCUAGAAAUUGGAGGUAAAGAGAACCUGCGGCCCUACUGGCAGAGGUACAUGUCCAAAGCUCUGCUCCUGGUGUUCGUGGUUGACUCCUCUGACCCAGAGCUGUUUGCAGUCGUAAAUAAACAUUUACACGAGCUGCUGGCACUUCACCCAUACCUGCCUUUAAUGGUGCUGGCCAACAAACAGGAUCUUCCUGGUUCCUGCAGCAUCACUGACCUCCAUGACGCUCUGUCCCUGUCUGAAGCUGGAGACCGCCGGCUGUUCCUCAUUGGUACCCAUGUGAGGAAGGGCGACUUGGAGCUCAGCUCAGGGGUCCAGGAUGCUCGGAACCUGAUCUUCCAGAUGGUUUCUGACGGCAGAUAAUUCAUGGAGGUUUAGAAAAAAUCCAGCGUUUCUGAUCGAAUGUAAUAAAUUCUUUACAUUUGCACUGUGCUGAUGUUGGCUGAAACAGCUCGAUUUAUCAGUCUUACAAAGACACUGCUGACUCUGUUAGUACUCUUAAAGAACGGGGAGGCCAUAAAAAAUGUAUUUUAACUUGGCAACUUUGUUACAUCAAGAUGUUUUGAAGCUUUAAAAUGUUUCUUUUUUCCUAAGAAAUCUACUUGCAAUUAAAAAAAAACCAAACAAACUGAAAAACAAACCCAUUAAAGCAUCUUUUAGUAUCUUGCUUUAAGGUUGUUUUUUUUAAUUCAUAUGAGCAACAAAACAUUUCUGUGGCGAGUGUUCCAGCUUAGAGCAAUUACAUGUUUCAGCCACUUGGAGACGCUAAGGAGCCAACUCUUAUUUAACAGUUAAACAUUUAUAUUUUACCUUUUCUGUACAAAACAAAAACCUGCUGCAGGGACACUAUCUACCAGUGUUAAUUUGAUUGUACUGUGGGACUACAGUGUAAAAAAACAGUUUUCUGUUUAAAUGUUUAUUUCAAACAUAAGCUGAAGGGCGUUUGCUUUGAUUUUAAAGCUGUUAAAAAGGUGAAAUGUUGAGUGAUAAUUUACCCAUUUAAUUUGCUGUUUCUUGCAAACACACUCCUGUUUUUUUAUCUGUGAUCUGUUUGGUUCAUAUGGUUUGCAAAUGCUCCAUAAGGCUGAGCUACAUUAACAGUUUCAAUAAAAAAAAAAAAAGAGUACUGUUAUUUGUUCAAAUCACAUCUUUUUCACAAUAAAUUGUUUCUUCAAA